AUGACUGUCGAAAGUUACUACAAUGCAACAGCGGUGGUAGAGCUGGAAUUCCUUUUCGGCCGGGAAUACGGCAAGCCAUUGUGUCCUCAGUUGGAAAAUCAGACGUAUACAACCAAUUUCGAUGUCAUUCUGAGCAUUCUUGAAAGAGGCCACUGGGAUUCUGGGGAUAACUCUGUUAUUUUCUUGCUCACUCUUCUCCCACAAAUCUCGCCGCCGUUCAAUGUUUCCAACUUGACUUUUGAGAAUAUGUGGGAAUGGCGGUACCUUGGCCUAUCGCAUCCCAUAUAUUCUGUUUCUUUCUUCGGUCACCAAGACCAUAAAUCUAAGUCUAGCGGGUCAUGGCGCCCAGAGAGUGGCUCCAGCCCUGAUCUUUUCAACUUUACUACCAGCCAAGUUUCUGGAGGAGCUUACAAUAUCAGUGGGACACUUUAUCCUCAUCGCGACCCCGGCGGCCCAUCGUAUUUUGGAAUCCUAAGCGGUUUGCCAUUGUGUGACUCUACCAAACAGACCGAUGGCGCCCUGGUAACCAUGAUGCGUGACCCAGACGACGAGGCCUUGGGUGAAUUCCAAUAUCCUCAUACUAGCAUUCAGUUUGACGACAAAACGGCCAAUUUUACUCUGGACGCUUCUUUUCAAUCAACAUCAAAUGUACAUGAGAAUUCGACGUCUCAAGGCAUUACUGUCAGUGGCCUUUUGCGUGUCUGCUUCUCUGGUGUGCUAGAUGCAUAUCACUCUGGUACCUUGAGCCUGAAGGGAAGCACACCGGAAUGGUUGCGUACAGUGGGGUUUUCGAACGACUCUUCCAACAUUGGAUACAGAGAGAGUUCCGCUGGAAAGCUGUAUCUUGGAAUUGCACUUAUCUCCAUAGUGAUCAUCUUGGCGGUCAUUACCACAGCACUAUAA